CUGUUUCCUUUUCCUAUUUAAUGAAUCUUCAUGUAUUUUAUUAUCAGACUGGCUACAAAUGCUGUCUUUGGUGUGAGAUCUAAGGUGCAAUUGACCUGGGAUGCCUCAGCAAAGUCUGAGAUGUGUUGAGCUGUCCGCUCUCUUCCUCUCUCUUCAGCCACAGCUGGCUGGGAAAGGCCAUUUGGGACCUGCACGGCCUCUUUGCAUGGGCAUCUGUGGACACAGGCCGAGGAGAAGUAACAGCGGACCAGCUGCUGGGUGAAAGUAGCCGGGGGACUGCAGAGGAAACAUCCCCUGGAACAAAGUUGUUUGCAGAAAUAAAUACCAGCAUACAGGUUUUGGACCAGAGUCUGGGAGUAAAUGGGAUGGCAGCGUCCCAAAAUACUUCUGUGACCAGACCUGUGACAACGGCCAGAAUAAAAGGGGACUGUGCCAGUCCUGGGCCACUAGGAGAUACAGAGUGGAGCAGGACAGAACAGGACCCCGGGCAACAACUAGCCAUGUUGGGGAAAGCACAUGAGUUCUUUCAGAUCUGUGAUGUGGAGGGCAAAGGCUUCAUCGCUCGGCGUGACAUGCAGAGACUUCAUGGUGAGCUACCUCUUAGCCUGGAGGAGCUGGAGAAAGUUUUUGAUACUCUGGAUGCAGAUGGCAACGGUUCACUUACGCCAGAGGAGUUCACAACAGGAUUAAGUCAGUUUUUGUUUGGGCAGAUGGCCUCUGUGAAUGAAAUGCAUGAGUCUGACAAUGAAAAUGUCUAUCAGUCUAAGUGGGAAGAGAACUACGCUAAAGCUGAUGAGGAGGACGACGAGGACCGGCAGUUCUCAGAUCUGAUGGACCGGCUUGGAACUAACAAGAUCUUAGAAGACGAGAGCAACAUAAGACAACUUUGGUCACAGCUGAGAAAAGAUGAACCUCAUUUACUUUCCAGUUUUGAAGAGUUCCUGGUCAAAGUUUUCUCCCAGCUCCAAGAAGCUGAUAAUGAAAAGAAUGAAUUGGAGUGUGCCCUGAAAAAGAAAAUUGCUGCUUAUGAUGAAGAAAUUCAACAUCUCUAUGAGGAAAUGGAGCAGCAAAUCAAAAAUGAGAAAGAGCAGUUUCUCUUGAAGGACACAGAGAGGUUUCAGUCCCGCAGUCAAGCGCUGGAACAUAAACUCGUUUCAAAAGAACAAGAGCUGGAACAACUGGUUCAAAAACAGAAAAGGCUGGAGGGUCAGUGUAAGGAACUCCACAACGACAAACAGGAGACCAAAGUGGAGAACACCAAGCUGAAGCUAACAAACCAAGAGCUGCUACAGGAACUGGAGCGAACGUCUCAGGAGUUAAUAGUCGCCCAGCAACAAUUACAGGUGCUCCAGGAGGAGGCUUCAAGACUACAUGAAGAAAAAGAAAUGGAAGUAUACAGGGUGACAGAAACUUUACAGCGAGAGAAGUCAGGACUCCUUAAGCAGCUGGAUUUCUUAAGAGAAAGGAACAAACAUCUCAGAGAUGAACGAGACAUGUUUUUACAGAAAAGUACAACAAAGGCUUCAAAAGCCAACUGGAAACAAAGAUCAGGAUCUAUCAUUGGCAAAUAUGUAGAGGGAAAGGCAUCACUUAAGAGCCAAUCCUCUGAAGAAGAUGAUGCUUUCAAUAGCUUAACAAGGAGGAGGAAUUCUAUUGGUUUGAAUGGGUAUCUUUCUUCAGAGUCUGACCAUGGUACUAGUGGGGGCAUGACUCAAACAAAACAACUGCAGAGAAUAAUCUCCAUUGAAGAAGAUCCCCUACCCCAAUUUCUUGAGAGGCCAGCUGACAGCAAGUGGACAGAAGAAAAUGACAAUGUCUCCCCUGAAAAGGAAAUGGAUGAGAAGCAAAUUGUGACAUCGUUAGACCACACACCCUUGUCUCUCAGAGAGCAGCCAGUAGGGAAAGAAACACAAUCAAAUGAGGAGAAAAUAUACUCUGCCCCUGAUCGCUUAUUCAAGAUUGUUUUUGUGGGCAAUUCAAGUGUGGGAAAGACUUCAUUUUUAAAGCGAUUCUGCGAAGACCAUUUUUCCCCAGACACAUCUGCUACUGUAGGUAUAGAUUACAGCGUGAAAACAGUGACAGUGGAUAACAGCCAGGUAGCCCUGCAACUCUGGGACACGGCUGGGCAGGAACGGUACCGCAGUAUUUCCAAGCAGUUUUUCAGAAAAGCUGAUGGUGUCAUUGUGAUGUACGAUAUAACAGCAAAAGACACAUUCACAGCUGUCAAACAAUGGUUGGUGAGCAUUGAGGAGGCAACUGGAGAGAAUAUACCUGUGCUUUUGCUGGGUAAUAAAACCGACAAUGAAAAAGAACGAGAAGUCCCUUAUGGACUAGGAGAACAUCUAGCCAAGGAUUACAAUUUAAUUUUCUACGAAUGCAGUGCCUGUUCCGGUCAUAAUACCCGUGAGUCGGUGCUUCGCCUAGCUAGGAUUUUAAAGGAACAAGAAGAUAAAGUGAAAGAAAAGACUGUUCAGCUCCUCCAAGACACAAAGAAAAAGUCUUGUUGUACCAGACUGUAGAAGACUAGGGUACAUUUAGACAACAAUCACACAUCGUCUAUCACACUACAGUGCAUCAUCACAUCUGCCUUACCUUCAAACUAUGUCUUAUCCUACGUUGUGAAUGUAGCAACAGAAAACCUUUAAGAACCUACUGCACACUCACUUCUCACUCUUAGCAAAGAUGAAGGUCUUAGGAUUACUUAGAUUGUAAAGGCUUCAAGGCAGGGGCCAUCUUUUUGUUAUGUGUUUCUAUAUCACUUAGUACCGUGGGGCCCUGAUCCAUGACUACCGUGGGGCCACGAUCCUAGACGCUACCGCAAUACCAUGAGCCAUGAUCCUAGAUGCUACUGCAAUACCAAUAAGAAAUAAGAAUAAGGAAUCUACUUAGAAUAGGAAGCUAAUUCUCAGAGGGCCUGAUCAUAGACACUCUUACUUGAAUAGCCCUUACCUUUUGAGUAGUCCAGUUGGCUUCAGUGGGAUCGCUCAUAUAAGGUUAGCGUUUGCAGGACUGGAACCCUAAUCUUGUAGCCUCAAAUCUUGGUUCCAUGUUGAUCUUCUCUAGUUGUAUCUGGUUUGGGGUUUUUUUAAAUUAUUAUUAUUUAAAUUUUAAGCACAAACAACUAAAUGUAAAACUCUGUGUUAAGGUUUUUAGUGUCAAUAUACAAGAGUGAAGGAAGGAAAUACUCAGGAUUCUCAGCGUAACAUUAACUCAUCCACACUACACAUCUCUAGUAUGUUUAUUACUCGUGAUGCUGUUUGCACAUGGAGCCUCAUUUUGGGCCCAUAACUCAUGCUGGGGUGCCUUUACAAGACUCAGUGAUUCCUGUGGGACUAUUCAUACAAAUAGGUUUUCACCAAUGCCAGUGUGGGUUUUACAAAUGGCCUAUACAGCAAGCCAGACUCUGAGAUGUCACUGGCAGAUGGCUGUUGUAUCAGACUUAUGGCUGACACAACUCCUCCCUCUCACAAGGCUCCAUCACAGAAGGUUUAGCAUAAGAUAGUCCAGGGCCGAAAUUUUUGAAGCUGUCUGCCUAAAGGUAAACCAAUGUGUUUGGAGAAAUUUUCAAAAAGCAUCCAAGGGACUUAGGAGCACAGACCUCACUGAAAUUCAGGGGGAUUUAUGCUCCUAAAUUCCUUAGGUGCUUUUACAAAAAUCCUCACUAUGCACCUAAAUAAAUGCCCUGAUUUUCAGCAGUGCUGAGCAGCCAGCAGCUCCCUUUGACUUUAAUCAGAGCUGCUGGGGUCACAACACUUGAAAAAUCACACCCUUUCUGUAGGUGCAGGCCCACCGACAGCAAUUCCGGGCCCCAGGGCAGAACAGUCAAUGGGCCCCCCCCCGCACGCACACACAAGCCUGACAUUUGGGCGGUGCUGUGCCUGCGCUGGCUGGUGCCCAGCGAGCUGCCAGCUGCACUGCUGGGCGCGCUCUUCCGGCAUGGCCAGGGCUUCCACAGGCCCGCCCGGUAGGGCUGCCAACUGUCUAAUCACGCAAACCCAAAGACCCUUGCCCUGCCCCUUCUCGGAGACCACGCCCCAUCCCGCCCCUUCUCUGAGGCCCCGCUCCCUGAUCACUCCAUUCCCCCUCCCUCUGUCGCACACUCUCCCCCAGCCUCACUCACUUUCACCAGGCUGGGGCAGGGGGUUGUUGUGCGGGAGGGGGUGUGGGAUGCAGGCUCUGGGAGGGAGUUUGGAUGUGGGAGGGAGUGAGGGGUUGGGCUCUGGGAGGGAGUGUGGGUGUGGGGUGUGGGCUCUGGGCUCGGGCAAGGGGUUCAGGUGUGGGAGGUGGUGCAGGGUGCAGUCUCUGGGAGGUAGUUUGGGUGCAGGGUGCGGGCUCUAGGUUGGGGCGGGAGCUUUGGGUGCAGGAGUGGGUGCGGGGUGCAGGCUCUGGGAGGGAGUUUAGGUGUGAGCUCUAGGCUGGAGCAAGGGGCUGGGGUGCAGGAGUGGGGCAGGGAUCAGCGCUUACCUCAGGCGGCUCCUGAAAGCAACCAGUACACCCCUCUGGCAACAGCUCCUUGGCGGGGAGCCCAGAGGGUCUCCACGCGCCGCUUCCCACAGGCACCAUCCCCGCAGCUCCCAUUGGCUGCCGUUCCCAGCCAGUGGGAGCUGCAGAGUCGGCGCUCAGGGCGGGAGCAGCAGCGCACAGAGACCCGCUCCCCAGGGGCCGCAGGGACAUGCCGGCUGCUUCCGGGAGUGGCGCAGAAUGAGGGCGGGUGGGAAGCCUGCCUUAGCCCUGCUGCGCUGCCAGCAGCGGUAGCAGCCGCUGGGGGCCCCCCAGCCCCUUUAAAAUUGCCUGGGCCCCUGGGUAAUUACCCCCUUUGCGCCCCCACCCCUCCAUCGGCGGGCCUGUGUAAGUGCCUAACUUUAGGGACAAAUCUUGGCCUAGAACAACACACUGAAUUCAUUUUUCCGUUUGGACACCUGGCGGAAUAUGAAUGAAAUGAGCAACUUCGGAGCUGGGCUUCCAGCAAGAAUCUGAAUCAUUCCUGAUGGUAUUCUUCUGCGUUGCACACAGAGUGGUACUUCUAUGCUUUCAAGAAUUGAUGUAAAUGUGGAUAAGCUUGCACAGAAGAAACAGAACCUGUCUCGGUUUAUUUUAUCCAUAGAACAGAAGAAAACGGAAGACUGUUUGCUAUAAAAAGGAAGAUGAUUUAAACAUUAUAUUUUCAAUCCAUUUUCUAACUUUCAGACGUUUUUUCUUAAAAAAAAACUUGAAUAAUAAAUAUAUUUGAAACCAAUUUAAUUAAAAAUAAGAGACUGUGCUUUUAUAAAAGACCAAAAGGCUAAACACUAGUUGUAUAUGUAGCUAUUUUAUUUUAUUUUUUGAAUAAAACCUUUAAAGUA